AUAAAAAAUACCCAAAUAAAUCAGUGAUCGCCACUCAAAAUCUCAUCUGUUAAUGAAAUCCAACCCCCAUCUCCACAUUUGUGCAUCGAUAUAUAUAUAUAGAAACUGUAUCUAUAUUUAUAGAAAAACCCAAUCAGAUUAGCGACAUGUGUUACUGUAUGCAUACAUGAUUACAUACAUACACAAUCGUUUUUUUUUUUUGUUAUGCGUUGCGUUUUUAUGCUGGCUCCCCACUCAAACAGAAAGAAGCUCGCUCUAGAUCUGAACCUUCGCUCCAAUCCCAUUACAAAAAAAAAUCUAGGGUUUGAAGGUUUCCAGUAGCUGGUUGUAAUUUAUUAAUUUUGUAAUUGUGGCGAAUUCCUAGGGUUUCUGCGGUUGAAUCAUCAAUUCUUUUUUUGUGCGAGUUGUUGAAGAAUUUGAUGCUGGAAAAAUUAACAUUAUAGCAAGUUUCCGAGUGUUCAGGAGUUCAGUUUGAUUGAUACUUAGAGUUUUGGAGCUUAAAGAAUUGAUUUUUUUUUCUGUAUGUAGCUCUGAUCUUACUCGAGAGUUCGAUAUUCGUAAUUUUGUUGGAUAGGAUUUAGAACUGAUUGGGCUGAAUGUGGGUUUUGAGAUAGGAGUGUGUGUGUGUGUGUGAAAUAUGGCGCUUAAGCUACCUGCUGGAGAAGCGGCUAAGGUAGCCAUUCACGCGAUUGGUCGUGGAUAUGAUAUUACCUUAGAUCUUAGGCUAAAGUAUUGUAAAGGCGAUUCGCGUUUGAUUGAGGUUGAUGACGAACAGGGUCGAGAGAUUGUUCUUCCGGGUGGAAUUUUGGUUCCGAAUGUUUCGAAAUCGAUCAAAUGUGAUAAAGGAGAGCGGACUCGGUUUCGUUCGGAUGUCCUGACUUUCCAGCAGAUGUCGGAGCAAUUAAAUCAAGAGCUAUCAUUGACCGGCAAAAUUCCUUCGGGGCUCUUCAAUGCUAUGUUCGAGUUUUCUGGUUGUUGGCAGAAAGAUGCAGCGUCUACCAAAACUCUUGCUUUCGAUGGAAUGUUUAUAACCCUCUACACAGUUGCGCUAGAAAAGUCUCAGAUGGUGCUUAAAGAUCACGUAAAGAAAGAAGUUCCGUCUUCGUGGCAGCCUGCAGCAUUGGCAAGGUUUAUUAAUAAAUUCGGGACUCAUGUCAUUGUUGGUUUAAAGAUGGGUGGCAAAGAUGUAGUUUACAUGAAACAACAGCAUUCUUCGUCACUUCAACCAACUGAUGUCCAGAAAAGAUUGAAAUCAAUGGCAGAUAAGAGGUUUUUGGAUGCAAAUGGACAAACCGAGCCUGAUUCCGAGCACAUAUUCCAGAGUGGGAAGAUUGAAGUGAGGGAGUCGCGCCUCCGAUUUGCAGAUACCAGCACAUCAAGUUCUUAUUCGCAUAAAGAUGACACUGUUAGCAUCUGCAAAAGGAGAGGUGGGAUUGAUAGUGCAAAUCUGGCCCACAACGAGUGGAUGCAAACAGUUCUAUUGGAGCCUGAUGUUAUUUCAAUGUCUUUUAUCCCGAUAACGUCCCUACUGAACGGUGUUCCUGGAAGUGGCUAUUUGAGUCAUGCCAUUAAUCUUUAUUUGCGCUAUAAGCCGCCAGUUGAAGAGCUUCAUCAGUUUCUUGAAUUCCAGCUGCCGAGGCAGUGGGCACCUGUAUUCAGCGAUCUUCCACUUGGUCCUCAAAGAAAGCAGCAAAGCGCGGCUUCGUUGCAAUUUAGUUUUAUGGGUCCGAAACUCUUCGUAAAUACCUCGGUGGUUGAUGUAGGUAAGAGGCCAGUUACUGGUCUUCGAUUGUACCUCGAAGGCAAAAGAAGCAACCGUUUAGCCAUACAUUUACAACACCUCUCCUCCCUCCCAAACAUUUUCCAACUCACCGACGACCCAAACGGCAAUAAUAAUCCCCACGAACCCUACGACCGCAAAUAUUACGAAAAAGUCCAAUGGAAGAACUUCUCCCACGUAUGCACAGCCCCUAUAGAAUCCGACGAUGAUCUCUCCAUAGUCACCGGAGCACAACUACAGGUCGAAAAUUACGGGUUCAAAAAUAUUCUCUUCCUCCGCCUCCGCUUCUCCACAGUUACAGGUGCUGUUCCGGUCAAGGACGAGUGGGAGGGAUCACCCGCAUUGGCGCGUAAGUCUGGGCUUAUUUCAACCCUGAUCAGUCAUCGUUUUACAGCUGUCAGUAAAGCGACGCCGCCACCUCAGCUGCCGGGUGAUGUGAAUAUAAACUCGGCUAUCUACCCUGGGGGGCCGCCUGUGCCUGCGCAAGCAUCGAAGCUGUUGAGGUUUGUCGAUGUGACGGAGAUGACGCGGGGCCCGCAGGAGCCGCCGGGUUAUUGGGUGGUUUCGGGAGCGAGGCUUUUGGUUGAGAAGGGGAAGAUUUCUCUUAGGGUUAAGUACUCGCUGCUUACUGCCGUUCAACCCGAUGAUGAUUUGCUGGAAUAAAUAAAAGAUCGAAGAAAGUGUAGCGAUUUUGGAGUGACCUAACAAAGAUUGUGCUACAAAGACUCUUACUAUUAGAGCGUGAUUGAUUGGCUGCGUAUUGACUUCGUGAAGAAUAAUACGCUUGUACAGAAUUGGCGCAGCGUCUAUUGUCGAUUUAUAUGAACGUGGUGAUGAAAACUGUACUUGUUGAACUGCGGUUUUGCCUUUUUUUUUUGGUUUUUUUUUUUUUUUUUUAACUCAUUUUUGUGUACUUGUUUGUAACUUUGUCAUUGUGUAUUCUAAAUGUAGAUUCCAUGAUUAGAAAUUUCAGAACCAUAAUUUGGUUCAGGUUAUUGUUGGUGCAUUUUUUAAUGACAAACUGAGUUGUAAGAAAUGAUCUGUUUAUAAUUUAUUAUGUUGCAGCAAUAGAUGAAA